UCUUGCUGAAAAGAGUGACUAGAGAAAAAAAAAUUCACCAUAACUUACCAAGCUUCAUCUGAGAUAUUUUCCCAAGGAGUACUGAGACUGUCACCAUGGUCUCAGAAGGAUACUUGGGACUUUAAACUAAUGGAACUUGUUUAAUUGAUUAACUAAUUUCAUUGUACAUCACAACAUCACUUUUGAACAUUAUUUUACUUAUUUAUUAUACAUUUUAUUUACAAAAAAGUGAGUGCUGGACUAAAGUUGUCAAGAAAACUAAACUUUUUUGUAGUUUUUUUUUCUUCCAUUCACAAUAUCUGUUUCCAGGAAUAGGUGUUCUGAUAAUCCAUAGCCAUGGCACUGCUGGACACAGAGUUUGGGGUGAAGGGCAGCAGCAUCAUCAGGGAAUGGAGUGGACAGGUCCAGCCAGCUCUGGUCGCCUCCUUUGUUUUCCUCUUCUGUCUAGAAGCCUGUCUAUGGGUCAGGAAUCUCAGACUCAAGAGAAGGCUGCCAGGACCCUUUGCCUGGCCGGUGGUGGGCAAUGCCAUGCAGCUGGGGCAGAUGCCUCAUAUCACCUUCUCCAAGCUGGCAAAGAAGUACGGCAACGUGUAUCAGAUACGACUGGGCUGCAACAACAUAGUGGUGCUCAAUGGAGACACAGCAAUACGAGAAGCCUUGGUUCAACACAGCACAGAGUUUGCAGGCAGACCCAACUUUGUGUCUUUUCAGUCAGUGUCUGGUGGUAACAGCAUGACAUUCUCUAACUACAGCAAACAGUGGAGGACCCACCGGAAGAUCGCUCAGUCCACCAUUAGAGCUUUCUACUCUGCCAACAGCCAGACCAAAAAAGCAUUUGAACAGCAUGUUGUGGCAGAGGCUACUGAGCUCAUUGAAGCUUUUCUCAAACUCAGUGCUGAUGGACAGUUUUUCAACCCUGCUCACGAACUGACAGUAGCUGCUGCUAAUGUAAUCUGUGCCCUGUGCUUUGGAAAGCGUUAUGGCCAUGAUGACAUGGAGUUUAGAGCCCUUCUGGCCAGCAUGGACAUGUUUGGAGAGACGGUGGGGGCUGGCAGCUUGGUGGAUGUCAUGCCCUGGCUUCAAUAUUUCCCAAAUCCUGUCCGCAGUGUCUACCAGAGCUUCAAAGACCUCAAUAAAGAGUUUUUCACCUUUGUGAGAGACAAGGUGGUGGAGCACAGGGAGACGUUUGACCCUGAAGUGACCCGGGACAUGAGUGACGCCAUUAUUCAGGUAAUUGACAAGGCAGACAGUGAUACCGGGUUGACGGAGGCCCACACAGAAGGGACAGUGUCCGAUCUGAUUGGUGCGGGACUGGAUACUGUGUCCACUUGCCUUCAUUGGAUGCUCCUUUUAUUGGCAAAAUACCCCAACAUCCAAACCAGACUGCAGGAGCAGAUUGACAAAGUGGUAGGCCGUGACAGGCUGCCCUCUAUUGAGGACAAAGCCAGCCUGGCUUACCUAGAUGCUGUUAUCUAUGAGACCAUGCGCUAUACCAGCUUUGUACCCCUCACCAUCCCACACUCCACCACAUCAGAUGUCACCAUCGAAGGCUUCCACAUCCCCAAAGACACAGUGGUCUUCAUUAACCAGUGGUCCGUCAACCACAACCCUUUAAAGUGGAAGGACCCACAUCUUUUUGACCCCUCACGGUUCCUCGAUGAAAAUGGUGCCCUUGACAAGGACCUGACCAACAGUGUGUUGAUAUUCUCAGCAGGGAAGAGGCGAUGUAUCGGUGAACAGAUCGCCAAAGUGGAGGUUUUUUUAUUUUCUGCUAUUUUGAUUCACCAGUGCAGCUUUGAGAAUAACCCAAGUCAGGACCUCUCCUUAGACUGCUCCUAUGGGUUAACACUGAAGCCCCUGAACUACAAGAUCUCUGCCAAGCUCAGAGGAGAAUUACUUAAUGGGGCAUAAAAUCUUGUGAUUUGUGUUUUCAAACAGAGAACCUACUAAUGGACUGCAGUAAUCCAACGCACUAUAAAAGGUGUGCACAACAGUGAAUAUUUUUGCUUGGUAGGUACCAACCAUAAGACUUAUAUUGAUACUUUACUAUUAUUAUCAUUAGCUAAACUGAUUGUUGAUUGUAUACAUCACAUUUUGUGACAGAUAACUGAAUCAUAUUUGUUAUUUGUAUUAUUUUAUUGCACUGGCUAUACAGUUGAAGUCGGAAGUUUACAUACAUCUUAGCCAAAUACAUUUAAAAACUCAGUUUUUCACAAUUCCUGACAUUUAAUCCUAGUUAGGAUCACCACUUUAUUUUAAGAAUGUGAAAUGUCAGAAUAAUAGUAGAAAGAAUUAUUUAUUUCAGCUUUUAUUUCUUUCAUCACAUUUCCAGUGGGUCAGAAGUUUACAUACACUCAAUUAGUAUUUGGGACAUUGCCUUUAAGUUG